AUAAGACCUUUAGGUCCACACUCACAAAGUAGAUGUAUGUUUUUGAUUGGCAAUAGUAGAAGCAAAGCAGACCCAGUUGCAAUUAACAGCACAGUUAAGAGUCUGGAACCGGACGGUAGCCAAAGAGGCCGGACCUUCGAUUUCGGAUUAAUGUUGGUGCCAAUUAUCUUGUAAGCCUGGGGUUUUGUUUGCUGCAUCACUAUAAGAUUGUAAACACUCGAAAACCCCCACUCCCUCGUCUGUUUCCAAGACCUCAAUGUCUCUCAGAAAACCCCCACUCCCUCGUCUUCUCCUCAACAAUGUCUCUUGCAUGAGAAAUGCCCAACAAAUUUUGAGACAUGUAAACGUCUCCAUUCAUGAUGGUGGAGCACUGGUGCUAACAGGCACCAAUGGGUCAGGAAAGACUACUUUCCUCCGCAUGUUAGCUGGGUUUUCUCGACCAUCUGCAGGUGAGAUCCUGUGGAACGGUCAUGACAUUACACAAUCAGGGGUGUUCCACCAGUACAAGCUUCAGCUCAACUGGCUCUCCCUGAAAGAUGCUGUCAAAGACAAGUUUACUGUCCUCGACAAUGUUCAGUGGUUCGAAGUUCUUGAAGGCAAGCAGGGGAAUUCUCUGCCUGCUUUGGAGCUGAUGGGGCUUGGGCGGUUGGUAAAGGACAAGGCGAGAUUGCUGUCAAUGGGCCAGCGGAAAAGGCUGCAGCUUGCAAGGUUGCUGGCAAUUGAUCGGCCAAUUUGGUUGCUCGAUGAGCCUUCGGUUGCAUUAGAUGAGGAAGGGGUGAAGUUACUUGAGUAUAUCAUUGCCGAGCAUCGAAAGAAGGGCGGGAUUGUGAUUGUGGCAACACAUCUGCCAAUUAAGAUUGAAGAUGCCAUGUAUCUGAAGCUGCCACCAAGGUUUCCGAGAAGGAUGACGUUGGUAGAUAUGCUUGAUCGUACAGACUUGACAUAACGUGUUAUAAGUGAUUUUUUUUUUUUUUAAUGAGUAACAUGGGAAGUUACUUAAAACACGCAAUAUGAGUCGGUAUGAAAUAAAUGUAUUAAAUAGACGUGAAGAAUAGCAUUACAAUUUUACCUAAAACCCAGAGAAUACACCCUGCCAUUGCAGAUCAGAAAAAUCAUCUUUUGUUCUUUUUCUUGUUGUACCUUUUUACUUGUAUCUUUGCAAAUCUUGAGCUCGGUAAACUGUGUGUUAUGGGACUGGCCCAGCAUUGAGUUGUACUGAUAGUAUGUCAUGAGACGCCUGAGCCAGAAACCUGUGUAAGGGCUUUUGGUAGUACAAUAGGAAAGAGGCAUUUGCUUGUGACGUAUAAAUGAAAUGGAAGAAGCAUUUUGAC